GUUCUUCCUCAGAAAGUUGGAGGAGGACAGAAAAGGGAGAAGAAGAAGAAAAGGCGAGGUUGUAAGUUGAAGGGAUUACUCAUUGAAAGAAUGAUCUCUGUUGGAGGCAGCCCGGACCAGUGACUUGGCGGACAGAAGAAUCACACAAACAGUUAUGAACCUGCAUACAAACAAUAUCAGAAGAUGGGAUGCAGCACUGUCAAGAUUAUGAUCUACCGCGCUGGUAAAUAAAGGAUUACCGACACACACAACCCCCUUCUUUUCUAUUGUUCUUUGACUAUGGGGGCUGGAGAGGAAAUGCAUGCACGGACAGUAAAAAUGAGCACCCCGGGGGUGCUGGCUGUGGUGACAGUGUUUUCUAUGAUUCCCGGCGGGUUACUGAGUGAUAUAAGAGAUACUCAGGGUCUGGAAGGCCAACAGCUGGCCCGGGGGUCCACUGUUCUGCACCAUCGCCAAAAGAGAGGCUGGAUUUGGAAGCAGCUGUUUGUCCAGGAGGAAGAUCCGACUUCUCAAAUUAUUGGCCAGGUCAAAUCUGACUCUGAUCGAGGCACUUUUACUAUCAAGUACAGAUUAUCAGGAGAAGGUGCUGGAGAUGUGUUCAAGAUAGACGAGAAUUCUGGAGAGAUCUGGACUCUGAAGAAGCUGGACCGCGAGAAAAAGGCCUUCUAUGUCCUUCAGGCCCACGCUGUAAAUACAAGGACUGAGGAGCCAGUGGAGCCCCAGUCUGAGUUCAUAAUCAAAGUGCAGGACAUCAACGACAAUGCUCCGCAGUUCCUGAACGAACCUUAUGUCUCCAGCAUCCCUGAGAUGAGUCCAGUAGGGACCACGGUGGCCCAGGUGACAGCCACAGAUGCGGAUGAUCCCAUGUUUGGCAACAACGCAAAGCUCCUCUACUCCAUCCUGCAGGGGGAGCCCUACUUCUCUGUGCAGCCAAAGACGGGAAUCAUUGUAACAUCAUGGGCUGAUAUGAACCGUGAAGCCAGGGAGGAAUACCUGGUGGUGGUGCAGGUGAAGGACAUGCUGGGACUCAGCGGUGGCUACUCCUCCUCCACCACUGUUACCGUUACUCUAACUGACGUGAAUGACAAUGCGCCCACAUUUCAGCAACAUGUGUACACUUUUGCUUUGCCUGAAAAUGCAGCAGUUGGGACCACAGUGGGUAGAAUCAUGGCAGAAGAUGGAGACAUUGGCAGUAACGCCAAAAUGACAUACCGCCUGGAAGAUGACCUGAUAGAAAGCUCCACUUUUAUCAUUGAAACAGACCCAGUGACGCAGGAAGGAGUGAUUCUUUUGGGAAUGCCUUUGGACUAUGAAUCCAAGAGACGCUACAUGAUGGUGGCAGAGGCAACUAACAGCCACCCAGACACUCGGUUCUUGCCUCUGGAUGAGUUCAGCGACAGGACGACGCUGAAGAUUUUUGUGGAGGAUGUCGACGAGCCGCCUGUCUUCUUCUCAGCAGUCUAUGAGUGGAAGAUUCCUGAGAAUGCAGCAGUGGGAACAGUGGUUGGCACCGUUAGUGCCAGAGACACUGACACAGUCAACAAUCCCAUCAGAUACUCAAUCGACAAAAAGACCGAUGCCACCAACGCUUUCAAAAUAGACCCAAACAAUGGAACCAUAGCUAUCGCUAAGGCUUUGGAUCGAGAAACUGCAGACUGGCACAACAUGAGCGUUGAAGCCAAGGAAACCAUGCAAAGCCAUUUAUCCUCCUCCGUGGUGGUGUUCAUCACCGUGCUGGACGUAAACGACAACGUGCCAAGGCUUGCGAGGGAUUACCAGCCAUAUAUCUGCGAGGGCACGCAAGCAGGAGAACUCAUUCAUCUUCUCAGUGCCGUCGACCCGGACAAGGCUGUGGAGGAGCACCACUUCUACUACUCCAUGGUUCCUCAGGAGCGCAUCAAUCCAAACUUCACCAUCAGAGAUAAUCAAGAUAACACGGCAGGCAUUGUGGCGCGCAGGAGCACUUUCACACGUAAAGAUCAGACUCAGUACCUGCUUCCUGUGGUGCUGACCGACAGCGGCACCCCGGCCCUCUCCAGCACCACCACGUUGACCAUCGGCGUCUGCAGCUGCCUCCCUGCUGGCCAUUGUCCCACUGCGGGGGUCGAGGCUCUCGCUCUCUCCGGGUUCAGCAUGCAAACCUUAAUAGGGAUUUUAGUCUGCCUGGUCACUCUCACUGCGCUGUCGGUUCUAAUGCUGAUUGUGAGGAGGCACAGGCGUAAGCAACAGGAGGGGACGGAUAUGGAAGUGAAGGAGUUGGAGCUGCCCGAGACCUUUUCCCAGAAGGUGCUUUACUACGGAGAGAGGAGAGACGGCCUGGACUUCUGCCAGCCUCCCGUCCCACUGCGCCCCCAUCCGAGGAGGAGAGACAGGAAACUGCGAAGGGAGGAAGUCAGGGCCAGCAUACGGAUGUCGCUCCGAGAGUCACACCUCAUUGGGCCGGAGGACGAGGUAUUCAGGCAGUUUAUCCUGGACAGACUGGCAGAAGCCGAUCAGGAUCCUUAUGUCCCACCAUUUGAUUGCCUUCGGACUUACGCUUACGAAGGGUCAGGGUCGUCCUCAGGGUCUUUGAGCUCAUUGGACUCCUGUUUGGAAUUUGAACCUGAGAAACCUGUGUGUAACUCCAAUCCUUAUGCAGUAAGACUCACCCCUUGGUACGGAGGAGCAGAGGAGGACACAUUCUUCUAAAGAUUGAUUCCCCCCCACCGUUUAUAUAUUGAUAACAAUUGUUAAAGGGUAGAAAGACCAGGACAAUUUGUGUCCAGUAGGCUUUAAUCAAACAGACAUUGAUGAUUUCUCAUAGGCAUAUUCACACUCAUUAAAUAUUUUUCACAUUUUAUCCGGAUUUAAUGUGGUAGGUCAGUUCAAAGUAAUUCAACAUUUGAUUUUGAAGAUGAUGGAAAAUGAUCCAUGACUUUCAAAUGUUUCAUCAGUGUAUAUUUUUUGAGUAAAGGUGAAUACAAACGUUUGCCCCACAUUUGAGGUUUUUAUUAAAAAGAAGUUGCAAGCCAUGCUUCUGCUGCCUUGGGUUGGUUUGUUACAUAGUAUCUGAAUGAAACCAAAAUAAAAUACAUUGUGCUUGUAAAAUGUGAAAAAAGAAAAUCAUGUAGGGUAAAUGUUUGUACCAAUAUUUCUUGAAGUUUUUUUUUUUUUGUUAGAUUUCAGGCUGACUUCUUCUCCCUGCUGUAAGGGCUGUUAAGGCUGCAGGCUUCAACAUUUUUUUCUUCAUCUUGACAGUUUGCACAAUGACAAAGUGUACUUUUUAAAAUGUCAAACUAUUGCUGUGAAGAUACUAUCAAGCCUUAUAUAAAAACAGCUACUGCUGGCAAGCUUCACAUAUCCAAUCCAUUUUGGCAGCUGUAUUUUUGUUGCUUUCUAAAACCACAUAUACUGCUCAACUCUCCUCUCUGUUCUUUACUUCUUUUAAAUGUUAUAUUUAUUGCCUAAUACGUAAUUUCAGCCUGUUUGACUGGGAUUGUGUAUCAUUUAGUUGAAAAUAUUAUUCCAAUGAGAUCAUGUAAACGGCAUUGGAGGAAAUAAAAAGCAUGCUCUUAUAUUCAUAAUUUUCUUAUCACUUCUUAUAGAUUUUCCCACACUUCUUAAAUAUACUUGCUGUAACAUUAAAUGGCCUUUCAGGACCUGAAUAAAGCUGGAUCUGAAU